CUUUGCUUUAUGUAUUAGUGUAUUGGUGAGUGUUGGCUUCGUGUGUUUGUGGGAAUAUUUAAUCGAAUUGGAAAAAAAUUGUUCGAUUGGAUAUCUUAAGUAUAACUCAUAAAAAUGGCAAACGCUGAUAAUCCUUUUGCUGCCUUGCUGAGUGAGUCUAAGUCGGGAAUAGACAAGAACUUAAUCGAAGAGAUAUUUUUAUUCACACUGAAAAAAGACCAACAAUCAUCACUGCAUUCGUCUAAGUCCAGGAAGGCUGUUUUAUGUUUAGCGGAUGUUAUUGUAUGCGACACUGGGGAGGAUGGUGUAAUGGGAGAGGAACUAUUGUCCCAUGCAAUAUUCGAACGGCUAAUGCUAACUGACACAAAAGAAUACUUGAUCCAUGGAGAGGACGAGGAUGAUGCUCUGCAAGUUGACCCUAUCAUCUAUUUACAUCGGUCCUUUUUGUCAUGUCAAAGGCUUAAAUCGACCCAACCUCAUCGAACAGCAGACCACGACAAGAUACGUUCGCUGAUCAUUACAAAUGGAAGUACUUGUAUGCGUCAACCUGAUUUGUAUCCGGGUCAACCAAUCUGGAAGCAGUGGAAAAAAAUCAUGCUCGCGUCAAAAGACAAAAAUACUACAGAGACAAUGGAUUUCCUGGUUGAAUGUAUACAAAAAAUUUACGAAGAUGAUGAGCCUUUAGAGGCAUUGGGAGCGCUGAAGGCUAAUUUUUAUCCCUUGCUUAGUAAAAUUCAAACCAACAUUAGUCAAUCCAAUUUGCUUACCGUUCGAAGUGAUGUGUUUUGGCUUCUGAGUUUCUUUGUUCGCGAUAAACGUAUACCACAGAUGGGAGAGGUACUUAUAGACUUUACAAUACCAAAUCCGAAUACCACAGGAGGGGCCUAUAUGGAUACUUUGUUCGGCAGUUUGUUUUCUUUGUCGAUUAUGCCGAAAAAUCAGAAUGGACCAUAUGAAUAUUUCAACGAUAUAAGCUUAGAAUCCAAAAGUUCUGAUUCUGCACUCUGGCAAAUUUUGUUCAGACAUCAAAAUGACACAUUCAGUCUUAUAAAACAGCUGCUGGUACAAAGUGCAACAACUAAGCAAAAGAUGUUACAGUGGAUCGCCAAGUGCCUUCAUGCCAAUGUAUCUCGUGGGCAUCUGUGGAAUAAUCUAAAUGCUGGCAUUGAAAAUUUUGUUCAUCAAAAUGCAAGUGAUGCAUUCAUGCUAGGGCUCACAUCAGUUUUAUUACGGUUAUGUGCGCCUCUGUGUGAGCCAACGAUGAAGGUGCUGAUGGUCGAUCCGACAUAUUGUGGAGUGCCUGACGACGAACGCGAGCAAAAACUAGUCAGUAUGAUCAAGGCCUCUGAAGAAACUGCUUUAUUGCCCAGUCAAGAAAAUGAAAAGCGAAUAACAGCGGCUAAAUUCAAUUUUGUAACGGAGAUAUUCUUUCUAACCCAUAAGGCCUAUGAACUAAGCUAUAGGCCUUGCAUUGAACGAUUCACCAAAAUGACUCGGGAACUGCAAAAUCUUCAGUCGACAUAUCAGGAUGUAGCAAGUACAGAUCCCAACAAUGAUGUGGCCAAGAAUUUGAUGCGUUUGCUGAAACAGCACUUGCAAAAAUUUCUGUGCUUGAGAAACUGCCUGAUGGAGCCGGAAAAUGACACGACUUUGACGAAGUUUUUUGAAGCGUCUGCUAUUUGGCUAGUAGAAGUAGCGCUUGUUUCGCCUGAUCAACUUGAACAGAUGCAGGAGUUCGCACCAGUUAAGAGACUUGACAAAAAUUUGCCGUAUAAAAUUGAAUUUGUACCACACACACUGCGGUGUAUUCCAGAAAAUAUUGUGGACAACAUCAUAUCGUAUCUUAAUUUUCAUCGUCACUUUGCCCCCGGACAUUUCAUAGAAUUCUAUCCAUCGUCCCACGAGGCUUUCUUCAAAAUGAUAAUUCUCUUUAUGGGUGCACCUGAAUACGUUAAAAACCCACACUUACGAGCUAAAUUGGCAGAGGCCCUGGAGUUGUUCCUUAAAAAACAAUCAGCUGCUGGUACUACAUUCCUUUCCCAUGUCUUCGAUAAUCAUCCCGAUCGUUCUAAGGUAGUCCCCAGUCUACUAAAUGUUUUUGUUUCGAUUGAGAUGACUGGCCAAUCGGUGCAAUUCGAACAAAAAUUCAACUACCGCCGCCCCAUGUAUGCCAUAAUGGAAUUUCUGUGGACUAAGGAGGAGUACGUGCAAAACUUUCGCAAAUUGGCUGCCGAAGCCGAGGCCAACAUGGAGGCGAUUGAACCUCCACUUUUCUUACGUUUUAUAAACUUGCUGAUUAAUGAUGCUAUAUUUCUACUAGAUGAAUCGCUUAAUAACUUACAACAAAUCCGACAACUACAAGAGGCUCAGGGGAAUGGCGAAUGGGAUAAUUUGCCCCAAAAUGAACGUCAACAAUACUUGUCCAAUCUUCAGCAUUUGGGAAUGUUGGCGCGUUUCGAUAACAUACUGGGGCGUGACACCAUCAACAUUCUUAAAUUGAUUACUACAGAAAUUAAGAGUAUUUUCUGUCAUAAUAGUAUGGUGGAUCGCAUUACAUCCAUGCUUAAUUAUUUCCUACUAAAUUUAGUCGGUCCCCAAAAAGAGAAGUUCAAAGUCAAGGAUAAAAAAGAGUUUGAAUUUGAUCCGGCCAAAACAGUGAUGGAAAUUUGUCACAUUUAUGUCAAUUUGAGUAGCAGCGAUAGCUUUUGUCUGGCAGUAUCGCAAGAUGGACGGUCUUACAGCUCACAGUUGUUUACCUAUGCAGAAAAUAUUCUUAUACGCAUAGGAGGAGGGCAGUUAAUUGGCGAAAUGGCAGAGUUUUCGGAUAAAGUUCAGAGAUUGGAAAAACAAUAUAAACAAGAACAAGAAUUCAUGGCCGAUGCCCCCGACGAAUAUUUGGAUCCAAUUAUGUCCACUUUAAUGACCGAUCCGGUCAUUUUGCCGAGCUCAAAGGUAACGGUAGAUAAGUCAACAAUAGCUCGCCACUUACUCAGUGAUCAAACGGAUCCCUUCAACCGAGCCCCAUUAACAAUGGACAAAGUGGUGCCGAAUGUUGAACUGAAACAAGAAAUAGAAAAAUGGCUAGCCGACAAACGUAAAUGUGCUUCCAACGCCAACAGCGCAAAACAAUGAAUAUGUUCUAGUUAAAGCAGUCGCAUAAUAAAUAGCCAAAGACACUAAACCAUCGCAUCUAUUAUAUUGGGCAAAAUGUUGGCUUUCUCUAAAUUCUGGGAUAUUGCAAUUCUUUGUUAUGUCAUUUAUUGUGUAAUCUUUUAAUGUAUUGUUAUAUAUGUAUGGGUAAAUUAGUAGGGUAUAUUUUUACUAUGUAAAUGUAAUCGUACCUAUGUUAUUAAAUGUACGUAUGUUAAUAAAUAGAAAUGUACGCAAAAAAAACA